AUGUUAACUAAAUUAUAGAUAAAUAAUAAAGUUAUAUAUUAAGUUCUUGUAUAAUAAUAAGCUUUUAGAGAUAAACUAUAGAAUUUAGUUUAGAUUUUAAAAGGAAAGGAUAGGUAAUAAUAAAUUCAUAUAAUCAAAGAAAAAUUAAAUUCGGAAGAUUUUAAAUUCGAAAAACAUCCUUUCUGUUUAAAUACGAAAAUUAUACUCACAGAUCAUAUUCCUUAAUUAUCUAGUGUUUUCAAAAGCGCUAUGGCUCCAAUUAAGCUAACAUUUAGAGCAUAAGAAAUAGAUUAUAAUGAGAACUUAGAAAAGAAAAUAAGCUUAGUUGAAUUAAUUUAUAAAAACGGAGAUGAUUUAAGAUAAGAUUAGUUAGUAAUGUAAAUUUUUAACUUAAUGGAUGUUUUAUUAAAAGGAGUUAAAUAAGAUUUUAAGCUUACACCAUAUAAAGUUCUAGCAUGUUCAAAAAAUGAUGGUUUUGUAGAAUUUGUACCAAAUGCAGCAACUAUUUAGGACAUAUUAAAAAAUGAAGAAGAAGAUUAAUUAUUCAAUUCAAUAACGAAUUCUUAAUUAAUGAAUAAUUAUAUGCUUUCAUGUGCAGGAUAUUGCGUAAUCACAUAUUUUUUGGGAAUCGGAGAUAGGCAUUUAGAAAAUUUAAUGAUUGAUUCUUAAGGGAAAUUUUUCCAUAUUGACUUUGGGUUUAUUUUAGGGGAAGAUCCUAAACCAUAUCCGCCUCCGAUUAAAUUGUGUAAAUAAAUGGUAGAAGCUAUGGGAGGUUUAUAAAGUCCUAUUUAUUAAGAAUUUAAGAAAAAAUGUGUUAAUGCUUAUAUAUAUUUAAGAAAAUAUGGAAAAUUUAUUGUUAACUUGUUCCAUUUAAUGAUAAAUUCAGGUAUUAAAGAUAUGAGCUUUCAAGCAUUGGAAAAAAUGGUCGAGAAAUUUAAUUUAAAUUAAAAUGAUUUUGAUGCCGAAUUACAUUUUUUAAGUAUUCUGGAUUAAAGCGUAAAUGCACUUUUUCCAUUCCUUUUCGAUAUAAUGCAUUAGUGGUCAAGUUAUUGGAAAAAUUGA